AUGGCGCUUCGACGCGUCCUUCGCUCCGACGCGUUUUACAGCGUCAUCGAACCCUAUCGCGCUAUUUGGUGCAUCGCCUUGCCUCCGGAUCAACGCCGAGACGACGCAGGAUCGACGAGCGCGUCGACGCGCGUGGAGGCCUCUGGCGCCGAGGACGCGCCGUGCGCCAAGUGCUGGGGCGUGAGCGCGUCGAACGCCUAUCACAACCUCGCGAGCGCGCGCGGGGUAGCGAUGGUUCGCACGCCCGGGGAGGUACCCGCGAGCGCUCUCGCGCGCAUGGUGUUCGGAUCAGAGAAGAGCGGCGUCCCGCUCGGAGGCCUUUUGCUCGCGCCGACAACCGAGGGGGCGGUCACGGCUGCCGACGCCGAACGCGUCGCUGAAUUAUUGACCAAAACCGAUGCAAGAUUUGCCAACGUUCCGUUCGGGUUCUGGGACGGACGAUCGGACGUCGAUUCGUGGCGCUCGCCGGAGGACGCGAAGCAUCCGGAGGAGGACGCGCGCGCGCCGGCGGCGGCGCGCGUGGCCAGAGGUCGUCUUCAAGCCUUCUUGGAGAGCACCCAGGGCGCACUGAACACGUUCGGGUGA